GGAAUCAGCAUGGUAGCAGGGAAGGACUGUUGCUCAGUGGGAGGGUACCAGUUUUGCAUGUAGAAGAUUCUUUGUUCAAUUGUGGGCAUUUUCAGCUAAAAGGAUCAGGUGAUGGGAAUGACCACUUCUUGCCUGUGAUUCUGGAGAGGCAGCCAGUCAAAGUCUCCAAUGCUGGGCUAGAUAGAUAGUCUGGCCUGGUUUUGGCAGCUUUCCUGUGUUCUUCUAGCAACACAAGUUAAUUACAGUCUAGCAAAGGUUUCCCCUGGAGGUCAAAUUCCUAGUGGAAAAGGGGACUUGCCAACUCUGAACUGACCCCUUUAACAGUGUUUGUUCUGCAGCAAUUGGCAGGUGGUUGUGUUUAGAAUUAGACCCAUAGGAGAAGCUUCCUUUGCUGAUAUCUGUUGUACCAAAUCUCUGUUUUAAAGGGACAAGAACUUGCUCAUUUUUUCUUUUCUUUUUUUAAAUUUGGCAACCUUAUAGCGAUAUGAAACCAGGUAUGCCAUGGCGGUGGCAAAUGGCUCUGUAAACAUCACAGAAGCUUUUCCAUAUAUCAGCACGUGUGGCUCCUACCCACCCCAGAGCUGCCUCUUUGGUCAAGUUCUUAAUCUAGGAGCUUUUUUAGGCGCGGUGAUCUGCUUUCUGAAGUACCAACAGGUGCAGGAUUAUGGCUGCCACUCCCGCUUAAAUCUAGCUGGGCUUGUUCUAGGCCUGCUUUGUGCCUUUGGGUCAUCUCUUGUGGGCAAUUUCCAGCAAUAUAACCAGCUGGAAACCCAUCUCUUUGGGGCCUUCUUGGCUUUUGUGGUGGGCAUCCUUUAUUUCUGGGUCCAAACGUUUCUGACCGAGCGAGUGAAGCCAAGACAUGGAGGACUGUGGAUUGGGCCCCUCAGAUUCUCCCUCAGCUUCUGUGGCUCUGCCUUCCUCAUUGCCACGGUUGUCCUCUUUUAUUUGAGACUGGAUUCUGAGGCAGCCUACUGUGAAUGGGCUCUGGCCAUGGACCUGUUUCUGCUCUUUGGCCUCUUUGCGGUGGAUUUUUGGCAUGUGGGGACCUGCUCAGUCCACGUGCAUCACCAGCGGGCAGACGGAGAAGCUGAGGAUGUCCAGGCAUCAACACAGACUCUCCCACUCUGAUACCUCCUAUGGACCAGGGUGGGGAAAGGGUUUCCAUGAACCUAUCUGCACAUAGUUGGAUGACUUUUCUGGCAGGCAGGAUCAUGCCCCACCAUGACCUGUUAAUGCCGGGUGAAGUAGUUCCCAGCUUUUUUCUAAGGGUGGGGAAAGAGGAUCUUAAAACAGUGUCUUGUGGGACAGCCUACAGAUACAUUCUGCCAUUCUGGAGAGUCUUCCCAACUGUCACUCCUCAAAGGAUCUUAAGCGUCCUUUGUAACAUGCAGCUGUGACCUUCCGCUGAUUGAGAAGUGCUGGUUCUUUGCCUUCCCCCUCACAAAAAUGAUCUACCUGGCACUUCUUCCGCAAACCAAUAUUUUAAAGUGCCUGUUUUAUUUUCUGCCAGCCUUCCUCCCACUGGUGGCCGUAUAAUCUUCUGGUCAUCCCUGCCAAUUCUUCAACUUAUCCAUUGCCACACCGCUGUCUAUGAACACCCAGUGGGGUAGUAGGGGUGCAGGUACAAAUCAUCUUUGGGUGAAACGUGCAUCAGCAACAUCUGCCAUCAGCUGAUGUGACCAAACCCUGGCUUUCUCUACUACAUGGAUAGGGCUAGUAAUUCUUUGCAGCAUGGAUGAGGGGCUGUUCUUUCCUCUGCUCCACAGUAAAAUAUGGGAGGGGGAAGAACAGUGAGAGAAAAACUCCUUCUCCAGAGCCUGGUUCAGUGUGAUGGCUCUUGCUGCCCCAGUUAAUGGUCUGGUCAAACUGUGCCAAGUUGUUCAGGCACAGAGCCUCACACAAGUUUAAGCAGUAGCCUGGCACAGUAGCUUGUGUCUUCCUACUCUCUAGACACACACCUAUGGACAUGAAUUGCUGUUCAUUGAAGCCAUUGUGCAGAAGGAUAAAAUAUUGUGUCAGAAAGGCCAGGUCCAGCACCUUGAAACUCACACUUUUGUCUCGUACAUCUCCAAUCACAUUCAGGUGGAUGAAUCCAGGUUCUUUUCUUUCUGGUACUGGGAAUGCCAACUCAACAACUUUGGGUGUCUUUCCUCUGAUGGACAAGAAGGCACCACCCUCCUUUGCCCUCCUAUAUCCUAUUAUAUGAAUGAAUACUGAAUUCUGAGACUCUCCUAUUAUAUGUUCCCAAUGAGGCUUUGCUCAAACCAUUCUUCCACACGUGGAAACUAAGUCCCUCUGUCCCCUCCCUGGCAAACUUUUUUUAAAAAAAACAAACUCUUUGUCAUAAGAGCAUUCUCAGCUACUUUAUCUAUUGCUAGGCUCUAUUCUGGUCUUGGAGCAUUCAGGACUUCCUGCCUAGAGAUAAAAGUUAUUCCUAUCUUACAGCUAGGAACUGAGCCUCCAGUCUCAUUUCUUUCCUUUCCGAUGGAAGGUGAAUUGAUAAAGUGAAAGACUCAGACUUCUAUUGACGGAAGAGCUUAUUUUGUUGCCCUAAAACCAGAACUGCUGCAGCAGGGUUAAUGCAAUGCCAGUCAGUGCUGCUUUAGGUGCAGUAUUAAAAGAGCUAAAUACCAUUUGGCAUCUUCUCUGAUAUUUCUUUUUAGGAAGGACUUAAGGGAUUUGGGGCUGAGAGGGUAAGAUUUCUAAAGGGGAUCUACGGCUAAAGUGGAUUCUUGUGUUCUGAUGUACCAUAGAGGAAUAUAGUUUUGUCUUUCAUUGGGGAACAGCCCCAAAUCCCAGGGAUGGGAUCUCAAAAAUACGUUUCCCACAUAUCCUCUGUUCAGCUGCUCUUUUCAUCUGAUGUGCAUACCUUUCAUUUCCCAUCCUCUCACACACACUAUGAUCUACGUACACUUGCUAGCUCUUCACUUUGCAUGCACAGCACCCAGGCUCCAUAUGUGUUCACUCACACAGGGCCAGCCGCACUCUACUCACUACUUUUACUUCACACCAGGGUUGGGAAGCCUAUGGCCCUCCAGCUGUUUUUGGACUCCAAUUCCCCUCAGCCUCCGUCAGCCUGACCAAUGGUCAGGGAGAUGUAGUUCAAAGACAUCUGGAGGGCCACAGGCUCCCCAUCCUUGCUAUAAACACACAUGGGGUACCCAAAGCUCAUUUGCUCUGGCCAGAUUCACAACCGGGCACUCUCCUUUGUGCUUCCUUUCUAUGCUGCUUCCUGUACUAGCAUUGCCCUCCUCUAGGACCCUUGCCUCGCCCCAUGGUGCUGUCAUACAGAUGUUAGCAGAGCAUUGUGUGAAGAAGCAACUGGGCAGCAGUCCCUGUAGCAGUGCAGCAACGCAUGAAUCAGGCCUCUCAUUCACUUGCUCUCCCCCUCCCACUUGCAAGUUGCCUGCAGACUGAACAUCAUCUAGCCACAUUUGGGCAUGUGCACCGAGCAUGCUUUCUCUGUCUUAUGCACAGCAUCUAUCCUCA